AUCACAAUUGAAAUUAAUAAACUUAUUUUUUUUAAUUGUGUUAAUUAUUUUCACAAUUUAUUUUUAAUAUAUAUAUAUAUAAAUAUAAAUUGUAUAAUAUGCAAAAUUUAACUAGAUCACUUAUAGUAUUAUUGGUGCUAUACUAUGGCACUGUUAGCUCAAUUAGUUUAGAUGACAGUAGUAACAGUGGUGCUGAUGCUGGAUCUAACUGGGCUGUAGUAGUAUCGGGUGCCGAUACCUGGUUCAAUUAUGAUAUGCAAGCCAGUACCUAUCAUGUCUAUCAAUUUUUACUAUCAAACGGUAUACCCGAAGAUCAUAUAAUAGUUAUGCAUACGGACGACAUUGCCUACUAUAGUAGAAAUCCGACACCAGGUGUUGUUAUCAAUGAACCAAACGGUACGGAUGUCUAUCACGGUGUGCCCAAACAUUAUACAGGAAAAGAUGUCACUCCCCAGACUUUCCUUAAAGUAUUGAAAGGCGAUGAGGAGUUGGCUAAACAGGGACGUCGUGUACUGAAAAGUGGACCAAACGAUAACGUUUUCAUCUAUUUCAAUGAUCACGGAAGUGAUGAUUUAAUAUGCUUUCCCAAUGGCUAUCUCUAUAGUAAUCAACUAAAUGAUGCCUUAAAAUAUCUGUUUGAUAAUAAACGUUAUGCAAAACUUGCCUUUUAUUUGGAGGCUUGCGAAUCGGGCUCAAUGUUUGCCAAACUAUUGCCAAACAAUACCAAUGUCUACGCUAUAACAUCGUCGUCGCCAACUGAGCUAUCCUGGCGUAUGUACUGCGAUUCAGUACUGGGCAGUUGUCUGAACGAUCAUUUUACCUAUCAUUGGCUAUUGCAUAGCCAGUCGCACGAUAUGAGGACAACCACACUGGACGACCAGUUCAAGUAUAUGGCCGCCCAUUGGAAUACAACAUCAAGGAAAGGGUCAUAUCAUGUACAACAUGCCCAACAAUAUGGCGAUCCAUCGGUAGCCAAAUUGCCACUGUCACAGUUUAUGGGAUAUAGCAAAAAGUCUAACAUACAGGUGCUUAACGAUAAUAAUAAAGUUAAUGGAGGAGCUGUUGUGUCCAGUCGGGAGGUACCCAUGUAUUUGUUGAACCGUCAGAUACAGCAAACUAUUGAUAUCAAUGAAAAGCAUAGACUUAUUAAACAAUUGAAUCAACAAUUAAAUGGCCGUCAAUUAGUUGAUAAACAUAUUGAACAAUAUGUUAGAAAUUUAUUACAAACUUUGAAACCGACGCUAACUAAUGAUAAACUGAUUGGACUAUUGAAUGUUAGACAACAAGAGUUAUCAUCGGAUAAUAGACAGUGUUAUCAUCAGUUUGUCGACACAUUUCAUGUGAAAUGUUUUAAUUUAAAUAAGAAUCCUUAUGUUUUGGGAAAACUGUUUGUUUUUGUCAAUCUAUGCAAUGAAUUGAUGGACACAUCGAUGACUACAACAACAACUGCUGUCAAACAAUUGAGUCAAUACUGCGAUACAAAUGCAUUGAAUGAAAUUGAUAUUAAACAAACAAAAAUGUUCAAGCUAACAAUAUUAGUAGCGAUUACCUACCUGUGCUGCUCAAUAGCCAGUACAGUACCCGUCGACAAUACCAAUGACCCGGAGUUCAAUGGUGCCAAUUGGGUAGUACUAGUGUCGGGUGCCGACGGUUGGAGCAACUAUGAUAUGCAGGCCGGUAUCUAUCAUUUGUAUCAUUUUUUCCUGAACAACGGUAUACCCGCUGAUCAUAUAAUAGUGAUGCAUACCGAUGAUAUUGCCAAUGCUGCCCGUAAUCCACAUCCCGGUGUUGUUAUCAACUAUCCCAAUGGUACCGAUUAUUAUGGAGGUGUACCCAAACAUUAUACGGGAAAGGAAGUCAAUCCCAAGAAUUUCCUUAAAGUACUGAAAGGUGACGAAGAGUUGGCCGCUGAGGGAAAGCCUGUACUGAAAAGCGGACCAAACGAUCACGUGUUCAUACAUUUCAAUGAUCACGGAAGUGAUGAUUUAAUAUGCUUUCCCAAUGAAUAUAUGUAUAGUAAAGACUUAAUUGCAGCCCUAAAAUCUAUGCACGAAAACAAACAGUACGGGAAACUAGUUUUUUAUCUUGAAUCAUGUGAUUCAGGCUCAAUGUUCGAUAAAGUAUUGCCCCAGGAUAUCAAUGUCUACGCUAUUACGUCAUCAAAACCGGGCCAACUAUCGUGGCGUAUGUUUUGCGAUUCAGAAAUAUCCACGUGUUUGAAUGAUCAUUUUACCUAUCAUUGGAUGUGGCACAGUGAUGAUCAUGAUUUGACCAAGGUUACCCUUGAUGAACAAUAUCAGUUUAUUGCCAACCAUACCAAUACCAGUUCCUAUAUUAAGACACCCUAUCAUAAUCUACAACAAUCCCAACAUUAUGGUGACCUAUCUAUUGCCAAAUUACCUGCCUCACAAUUUAUGGGUAAAAACAAAAAGUCUGGACAAUCAUCGCCAGUAAAAUUCAAUUACGAAAAACAUCAGAAUUCAGGGGCAACUGUACCCAGUCGUGAGGUUGAACUGUAUUUGUUGAACAGGAAAAUCAAUACAACUGUCGAUGUCGUCGAAAGACAAAUAUAUAUCGAUGAAUUGGAUAAACAAUUAAAAGGCCGUCAAUUAGUUGACAAACAUAUUGAACAAUACGUAAGAAAUUUAUUCAACAAUUUAUUGUCAACUUAUCUGACAAACGAUGAAAUGAAACAACUAUUGAAUGUUAGACAAGAGUUAUCAUCGGAUAAUAGACAGUGUUAUCAUCAGUUUGUCGACACAUUUCAUGCGAAAUGUUUUAAUUUAAAUAAGAAUCCCUAUGUUUUGGGAAAACUGUUUGUUUUUGUCAAUCUAUGCAAUGAAUUGAUGGACACAUCGAUGACUACAACAACAACUGCUGUCAAACAAUUGAGUCAAUAUUGCGAUACAAAUGCAUUGAAUGAAAUUGAUAUUAAUAUUCAAUAAAUUAAUAAAAAUAAAAUAAUUUGUUAAAUUGUUUUGUCUUAAUAAAUAAAAUUACAGUAAUUUUU